AGUUCUACCUUGUAGCAUUCCACUGCAGUUUAGGCAGUGGCGUUGUGAUGACACACUACCCCAUAAACAAACAUACAUACCAAAGUCUUAUCUAAAUAAUUAACCAAUUUCUGACAACACUUGUACAAGUUUAGACUAAAUAAUGUAUUCGACGGCAUAUCCCUUCUUAAUGCAUAGAUGGAAUGAAUCAUAAAUUGCUUCGAUAAGGUAUCUCACAUUCAGAAUUCACACCUAUCAUGGAAAAGAAGCGUUGUAAGUGGGUCCAGGUUCAUCCGUUAGUGUGUCUGACAGUGGUGAUUUUCGGUAUUGGAUCUUGGAUCGACAUAAAUGGACUGUGGGCAGAGUCUCCAUUACUUAUCAUACACGGACGUCUUCCCGAAGGAUGGAGACUUGUCUCCUACAUUUCUAUCAUAACUCAAAUAGCAAACAUCGGACCGCUGUUCGUUACGCUCAUGCGUACUAAAGCUCCAGGGAAGCUGGAUGAUACAGUUGUUAUCUAUGUUAUCCUGGGAAUCGGUUGCAUUGCUUGUUUACUUCUUGCGUUCUUUUGGGAUUCGACAAGUCACGUUGCUGGUGUUGAGAGAAGUACAUGGUUACUGACGCUGACGGGGUUUCUGGCUCUCGUUGAUUGUACGACCUCGGUGGUUUUCUUACCGUUUAUGGUCAAAUUCAAAGAAAUUUACCUAACGGUUUAUUUCAUUGGAGAAGGAAUGAGCAGUCUUGUUCCAGGAAUAGUUGGUUUAAUUCAAGGAAGUGGGUCAUUUUCUUGUCAAAACAUCUCUUUCAUUAACUCUACUACUAACGUAUCUGACUACAUUACCCAACCAGGGUUUCAUGACCCUGUAUUUCCUGUGCGGGAUUUUUUCCUGUUCCUCUCUUGUAUGGUCUUUGCAAGUGGAACUGCGUUUACUUUUUUGAAUUACUCUGGAUAUUGCAGACGUGCCUAUGCGAUUUCUCACAAGAAUAACCAAACAUUGGAACUUGAAAGCCUUGAAAUUUCAGACUACAAGAGCAAAAGCUCGAAAGACUUCAUAGCAGCUGAAGAAUAUUCCCUGAUGGAAAAGUCACACCCAGAUGCUACCGAAACUUUUUCCAGUUCUUCACCAAAAUAUUAUUAUUAUUUGAUAAUAACUGCUAUCAUAAAUGGCGUUAAAAAUACAGUGUUGCCAUCAAUAGCUACUUUCUCAAGUUUGCCGUAUGGAUUACGUAUUUAUCAUUUGGCAGUCAUUUUGUCUUUGAUUGCAAACCCGCUGUCUUGUUUUGCAGCUAUGUUUUUAACUGUUUCCUCGUGUUUCGUUAUAUCAACGUGUACAUUGAUUGGAAUCCUUUCAGCCGUGUACAUUAUUUACACUGCAUCAGCAAGUCCUACCCCGAUGCUAGUUGGGACAUUUGCAGGCGAAUUUUUAGUCAUUUUGUCUUGGAUACUCGCCAGUCUUUUCCUAACUUACUCCGGAGUUUCCAUAGCUAACAUCUUCCACAGGGGAGGACGGAGGACACUUCUCUGGAUCGGUGUCAUGCAGCAGCUUGGAUCAUUUCUUGGCGCCAUUAUCAUAUACUUCAUAAUCAAUGUUUGGGAACUUUUGGAAAGUGCUCCGCUCUGUUAAUGUUUAAAAAAAUAAAUGGCAUUUGCGAGUUACAGUAUACUUUCUAACUGGUUCUGUGCGUUUUUGUGCUGUCUUUACAAUUGUUUUAUGUAUUCACUUUUUAAUGUUACUCCGACUGCCGAAUUUAUAAAUAUUACACG